AUCAGGGAGGCCUGGGAAGGGGCGGAGGAGGGAGACUAGAGCAGGAAGAGCAGUGGCGAGGCGGCGGCGGCUGAGUCGGUGGUGGCAGAGGCGAAGGCAACAGCUGUAGGGGUUGGCAGCGACCCUGAGAGCAGGAUGCGGGUCCGGAUAGGGCUGACGCUGCUGCUCUGUGCAGUGCUGCUGAGCUCGGCCUCGGCGUCCUCGGAUGAAGAAGGCAGCCAGGAUGAAUCCUUAGAUUCCAAGACUACUUUGACAUCAGAUGAGUCAGUAAAGGACCAUACUACUGCAGGCAGAGUAGUUGCUGGUCAAAUAUUUCUUGAUUCAGAAGAAUCCGAAUUAGAAUCCUCUAUUCAAGAAGAGGAAGAUAGCCUCAAGAGCCAGGAGGGGGAAAGUGUCACAGAAGAUAUCAGCUUUCUAGAGUCUCCAAAUCCAGAAAACAGGGACUAUGAAGAGCCAAAGAAAGUACGGAAACCAGCUUUGACCGCCAUUGAAGGCACAGCACAUGGGGAGCCCUGCCACUUCCCUUUUCUUUUCCUAGAUAAGGAAUAUGAUGAAUGUACAUCAGAUGGGAGGGAAGAUGGCAGACUGUGGUGUGCUACAACCUAUGACUACAAAGCAGAUGAAAAGUGGGGCUUUUGUGAAACUGAAGAAGAGGCUGCUAAGAGACGGCAGAUGCAGGAAGCAGAAAUGAUGUAUCAGACUGGAAUGAAAAUCCUCAAUGGAAGCAAUAAGAAAAGCCAAAAAAGAGAAGCAUAUCGGUAUCUUCAAAAGGCAGCAGGCAUGAACCAUACCAAAGCCCUGGAGAGAGUGUCAUAUGCUCUUUUAUUUGGUGAUUACUUGCCACAGAAUAUCCAGGCAGCAAGAGAGAUGUUUGAGAAGCUGACUGAGGAAGGUUCUCCCAAGGGACAGACUGCUCUUGGCUUUCUCUAUGCCUCUGGACUUGGUGUUAAUUCAAGUCAGGCAAAGGCUCUUGUAUAUUAUACAUUUGGAGCUCUUGGGGGCAAUUUAAUAGCCCACAUGGUUUUGGGUUACAGAUACUGGGCUGGCAUCGGAGUCCUCCAGAGUUGUGAAUCUGCACUGACUCACUAUCGUCUUGUUGCCAAUCACGUUGCCAGUGAUAUCUCGCUAACAGGAGGCUCAGUAGUACAGAGAAUACGGUUGCCUGAUGAAGUGGAAAAUCCAGGAAUGAACAGUGGAAUGCUAGAAGAAGAUUUGAUUCAAUAUUACCAGUUCCUAGCUGAAAAGGGUGAUGUACAAGCACAGGUUGGUCUGGGACAACUGCAUCUGCACGGUGGACGUGGAGUAGAACAGAAUCAUCAGAGAGCAUUUGACUACUUCAAUUUAGCAGCAAAUGCUGGCAAUUCACAUGCUAUGGCCUUUUUGGGAAAGGUACUGUACAUCCUUGAAAAACUGCAAAAAUGUGACCUGCUUUUAAUUUUGAUGAAAUACAUCAGUCAUGCUGGCAACCCAGUGGGACAGAGUGGCCUUGGAAUGGCCUACCUCUACGGGAGAGGGGUUCAAGUUAAUUAUGAUCUAGCCCUGAAGUAUUUCCAGAAAGCUGCUGAACAAGGCUGGGUGGAUGGGCAACUACAGCUUGGUUCCAUGUACUAUAAUGGCAUUGGAGUCAAGAGAGAUUACAAACAGGCCUUAAAGUAUUUUAAUUUAGCUUCUCAGGGAGGCCAUAUCUUGGCUUUCUAUAACCUAGCCCAGAUGCAUGCCAGUGGCACAGGUGUGAUGCGAUCAUGUCACACUGCAGUGGAGUUGUUUAAGAAUGUAUGUGAACGAGGACGUUGGUCUGAACGGCUUAUGACUGCCUAUAACAGCUAUAAAGAUGGCGAUUACAAUGCUGCAGUGAUCCAGUACCUCCUUCUGGCUGAACAGGGCUAUGAAGUGGCACAAAGCAAUGCAGCCUUCAUUCUUGAUCAGAGAGAAGCAACCAUUGUAGGUGAGAAUGAAACUUAUCCCAGAGCUUUGCUACAUUGGAACAGGGCUGCCUCUCAAGGCUAUACUGUGGCUAGAAUUAAGCUUGGAGACUACCAUUUCUAUGGAUUUGGCACCGAUGUAGACUAUGAAACUGCAUUUAUUCAUUACCGUCUGGCUUCUGAGCAGCAGCACAGUGCACAAGCUAUGUUUAAUCUGGGAUAUAUGCAUGAGAAAGGACUGGGCAUUAAACAGGAUAUUCACCUUGCAAAACGUUUUUAUGACAUGGCAGCUGAAGCCAGCCCUGAUGCACAAGUUCCAGUCUUCCUAGCCCUUUGCAAAUUGGGCAUUGUCUAUUUCUUGCAGUACAUACGGGAAACAAACAUUCGAGAUAUGUUCACCCAACUUGAUAUGGACCAGCUUUUGGGGCCUGAGUGGGACCUUUACCUCAUGACCAUCAUCGCGCUGCUGUUGGGAACAGUCAUAGCUUACAGGCAAAGGCAGCACCAAGACAUGCCUGCACCCAGGCCUCCAGGACCACGGCCAGCUCCUCCCCAGCAGGAGGUGCCCCCAGAGCAGCAGCCACCCCAGUAACAGCCACCAGGUCCAGCCUUGAUCGGUGACAGCAAAGGAAGUUAUCUGCAGGGAACACUUGCAUUUGAUUUAGGACUUUGGAUCAGUGGUCACCUCCCGGAAGAGGCAUGGCAUAAGGAAGCAUUGAAUUCCUAAAGCUGCUUAGAAUCUGAUGCCUUUAUUUUCAGGGAUAAGUAACUCUUAAGUAAACUAAGCUGAAUGUUUGUUUCAGUGCCAUAUGGAAUAACAACUCUCAGUGGCUUUUUCUUUUUUCUUUUCUGGAAACGUGAGACACUCAAAGUAACAUCUGCUGUAUCCAGCUAUCUUUCUUGGAUCCUUUUGGUCAUUAUUUCAAUGUGCAUAAGUUCUUGAUAUUAACCAUCUUUAAGGUAUUGUGCAUCGACACUAAAAACUGAUCAGUGCAAAAAAGAAAACCCAGUUAGUUGCAAGUUUAAACGUGUUCAAAAGUCUGAAAAUAGAACUUGCCUUUUAAGUUAAAAAAAAAAAGACAUCUUCAAAGUGUUUUGGAACUGCGACUACUGAGAAACUUUUACCAGUCCACAUGCAGUUAUACAUAUUUAGCAUAUUCAUUAUUUUAAAAGGGAAGGUAAGGAGGUUCUUAUUGGUGAUUGUCACACUGUAUACCAUACCCCUCUCCUUCAAAGACUGAAAGGCCUUGCUAAGGAGUUUUUUGUGAGCUUUACUUCUUUGGAAUGCAAUAUACAUAUGUAAAACCUUGUGACUCCUUGCGCCAAUGUGAAUUUGCCCCACCUACUCUGUAAUUUGCUUGUUUGUUUUGAAUGUACAGAGCUUUGAUCCAGAA